AUUAGAAAAGCUUUAUGUACAAUGAGUGUGCAUGUAUGUAUCGACAAAUAUAGUUUACUUUGAAUUUUAUACAUAGCGUCAUCAAGUAAUUCGUAAAAUUUGUUACGUUCCUUUUUUUUUUGGUUUUCGAAUAAAAAAAUUAUAACUUUGCUGUCAUAAGAAAAUGUCAAAAUGACAGAAACGUACAAUCCAUUCGUAUAUUGGGCUCAAACUGAGAAUCAGGUUACAUUAAAAGUCGAUUUGGCUGACGUUAAGGAUAUUAAUAUUAAUUUGCAAGAAAAGAAGUUGCAAAUAAGUGCAUACGGCCAAGGUGCAAGAGGGUGCAAUAAUUAUGGAUUUAGUAUUGAUUUUCAUGAACUUGUUAAUCCUGAUGAAAGCAAUUACAAAGUGAUUGAUCGUCAGAUAGAUUUUACAUUGAAAAAACAAUGUUGUGGAUGGUGGCCACGAUUGACUAGUCAACCACAAAAACCACCAUGGCUUAAAAUAGAUUUUGAUAAAUGGAAAAGUGAAGAUAUGGAUGAUAAUGAGUAUGAGAAGCGAGAUGUUUCUACCGAUUAUCCUGAUAUGUAUGAUAAAUUACAUAAAGAAGAACUUGGAUAUAGGAAAGAGGAUUUUAAGAAGGUAUACUUAAUCAUCUACAACUUAUGUCAAUUUGUCGGAUUUCUUUAUAUUCUUGUCGUUAUGGGCGUGAAAUAUUCCCGUGAUGGACCAGCUUCUAUGAAACAUACGUACGCUACUGUUGGAAAUCCAAUGAAAUUUAUACAGUUGCUACAAUUUUUAGAGGUUAUGCACCCUUUGUUUGGUUAUACCAAAGGUAGCAUAAUGAUGCCUCUCAUACAAAUAGGAGGCAGAUCAUUUGUAUUAUUUUGCAUGAUAGAAGGAGAAUCACGUAUGCAAACUAAACCAGUUGUGUUUUAUCUCUUUAUUGUAUGGAGUGCAGUAGAAGUAAUCAGAUAUUUAUAUUAUAUUACACAAUUAUUGAAUGUAGAUAUUUAUUUCUUAAUGUGGUUAAGGUAUACAGUAUGGAUACCAUUGUAUCCAUUAGGUGUAAUAUGCGAAGGUAUUAUAAUUUUGCGUAACAUUCCAUAUUUUGAAGAAACACAACGUUUUACCAUAUCGUUACCAAAUUCGUUCAAUUUUUCUCUUCAUUUUCCGACUUUCUUGCGAAUUUAUUUAUUAUUAUUAUGUAUACCUGGUAUUUACACAAUGAUGUCGCAUAUGAAUCAUGCUCGUUAUAAAAAACUUGGAAAAUCUAAUAUAAAAAGGAAAUACACAUAACUUCAUUUUACAUAAUAUAUAAAUAUAACUUAAAAUAAUAGCCAAAGAUAAUAUUAUUUUUAGCAUAAUAUAUACUAUAAUAUAAUUUUUCUUAUUUUUUUUUUUUUUUUUUAAUGUAAAGGAUAUAUAUUAAUUAUUAUGUGACAUUUACUGUGGUUAUUAGCAAAAUAUAUUUCUAUAUUUCUUCUUAUACAGUAGAUCAAUACAAUGUGAGUCAAUAUUUAAUUAUCAAUCUAAUUAAUUAACUAUUAAACUUUUACUUAGGCUAAUGUCUAUCAUAUGAUAUAAUUAAAUUGAGAUCAUCGUUGUGAAAUAAUGUUUAUGUCUAUAUAUUUUUAUUUUACUUUUUUAUUAUUAUUAUUAUUAUUAUUAUUAUUUAAAAUUAAUCAAAAUGAUAAGCCAAGAUGAAAAUAAUUCUAUGAAAUGGUCAAUGAUUAAAAUUCGUACAUUGAUUAACUACAUUGUAGACAUGCCGUGAUUCAUUGACAAAUUAUUCUUUAGGAUCUUUCCCAUUGAUUAAUUAUUUUCUAGAUAUUUCGUAACUCAUUGAUAAAAUUCUCCUGAAUAAAUGUAUAACAAUAAAUUAAAAUUCUAUCAGAAAA